UGUCUAUUGACGACGACUACCAUCUAGCGGACAGACGGACCACUGCCGUGGAGCCGCACGCACGGUGCAGGGGUGCGCGAUUUCGCAGACAAUUUUGAGCCUAGAAGUUUUUGAAAAGGCUUCACAUGAGUAUUUCUUUACCGGUCUUCACGAUUGCGCAAAGACAUGACCGAAACCCGGCGGCGACCCGCUUCCGGCGGGGCGGUUGCGACUGGUGCCAGUAGACAAAUCCAGUUGAAACAGCAUCACAACUUACAGCGUAAGCAAACGCCCGGAGGGUCUCCCCAAUCGCAUCACUCGCGCGGGUUACAACAGGACCAACAACUGCUCAGAACCACGAAUGACCAGCUGACGACGGAGGUGGCGCAAUUGCGCAAGGAGAACGAAUAUCAAAUGCAAAAGUGUCGGGGGCUGGAAGCUUUUGAGACUUGUCAUGCUUGCCUGGCAUGACCAAAAAGUUUGUGAUGCGUGUCCAAGAAGAGACCCUGUUUCCUGUCAUGCAAGAACGCAGUUUGUCAUGCGAAAAACGCAACACAAAGAAGCGCAGAUAUUUCUCAUGCUUGCCUGUGCAUUACAGAGCAUUAUCUACUCCCAACGCAGCACUACAAGUUUCCAGACCCAGACAUUUUUGCAGUUGAUAACGAAAUCCUCGGUCGGGCGAUCGAGGAGCUGUUAUGCUAUGCAUUGCAAAUAUGGCUGCGUCUGGAAGGAUGCCAGCUUGUGAUGCUGCCUUUGGACUCUACACAGAAUUUGUAUUGCAUGAACAGCAAAAGAGGCCAAGGUUUUGCUAUGCGGAGAGGGCAUUUCUCAUGUAUGGGCAUCAGAAAGCCCGCAAAGAAUCUGUGAUGCCAGGGUGUGCAUCACAAACGCCAUGGGCUAUGCAAAGUGUGCAUGCCAAACAUCCGGACUCAUUCAGACCCAGACAUAUUUGCAUUCCAUAAAGGCAGCGGGAACGCGAUCAUCGCGGGCGGAGGCGGUUUGGUCGAAAACGCCAAUUCAGCUGCUGCACAUCAUAAUCUGUCUGCGCAGAGCAAGUCGAGCCGGGAAAUAAUCAUCGAAAACCUCCGCUCGGAAAACCAAACGCUGCAAAACCGGGUGGAUUUUUGGCGCAGUAUCAAAUGCAAAUGUGUCUGGGUCUGGGUGGAUUCGAAUUUGUGAUGCGAAUUCUAGAUCAUGACAAAAUCUCUCAUGCACGGUCAGCAAAAAGCCCUAUUUCCUGUCACAGAAAGUGGGCAUUUGUCAUGCGGAUUAGGCAUUGGGAUACCUGCUCGGAAUCUGUGAUGCUAGGGCUUGCAUGCCAGACGAUCUGGGCGAGGCAAAAACUGCAUCACAAAUGUCUGCACUCUUCCAGACCCAGACACUUUUGCAUUUGAUACGUAGCCGGUGUUUGCAACACGGGAAGAGCCUGCAGGAGCUGCGGGAUUGCAUCGUGAAUUUCCCGAUACAGGGAUUUAGCAGCGCUGGUGGUGGGAGUAGUAGCUCUUUCUCAUCUGGAGCAGGGGCGACGGCCGGGACGAAGAACGAGGGAAAUCAUAAAACGGAGAAGGUAAGCGUAAGAAAGUUAACUUACUCAUGUAGAAGGAAAGAUGAGCGUCAUGUGAAACAUGUUCAGUACGCCGAUGACUCAUGUUCCUCAUGUGAAGAUGAGCUUUGAACGAUUUUUGCAUGCCAACGAAGAAAAAAUAAAAGCCUACUAACGAAACUGCAAAUAACAGGUACUCCCCGCUUCCCCGACGGCGGCCCAGCAACCGCAGCAGCCCUCCACCUACGAAACCAUGCUGGAGGCCGUUUUCGUCGAGAAGAUUCAGUUUUUGGAAAAGAAGCUCGCCCAAGAGAAGAAGGAUCGGGUAUUGUGGGAGAUACAGCGGGGGAAGGAAUUAUCAAAUGUAAAAAUGUCUGGGUCUGGAAGAAUGCAACUUGUCAUGCCAAAUCUGAAGCAUGCAAAUAUCUGUGUUGCAUGAUUACCAUAAGUCGUCCAGUUUUGACCAAGUCUGGAGGGAGUUUCUCAUGCAGGAUAGGCAUGAGAGAGAUCGCACAGACUCUGUCAUGCUAGGUCCUGCAUUCCAGACCUCCUGGGUCAUGGAAAAGCUGCAUGACAAGUCGCGCAUUCUUCCAGACCCAGACUGACAUUUUUGCAAUUGAUAGGAGUCGUUGAAACUCGCGAGAAUGGAAGACGAGUUGGAGCAAGUGAAAUUGAAACACGAAAAGGAGAAAGCGAAGAUGGACGCGAUGUUCGAUACUGUCGCCGCGGCGGAAGAAGAGAAUAAAAUAGCAGCUGGAAAUACAGCACCGUCGGAUCGUGGUUUGAAAUCCAGAAAUAACCCACUCGUCACCCCGGACCGGAGUAGCACGGGAUCCUCCAAUCGAUUCUACGCGCAAAGGGCCGCGGUUGCAACCACCGCGGGCGCGCCCGGGAGUACUAGUAGUGGUAAAAAUAGCAGCGUGGCGACAACACCGCAACAGCACUCCGGGGUGGUUCCGCUGCUGCAAGGGAAUUAUAGCGGGACGAGCAGAAGUAUGCAUUGCAAAUAUCCCUGGACGUCCGGAAGGUUGCAACUUGUGAUGCUGUCUUUCGAUUCUAAAAAAAACUGUAUUGCAUGAGCACCAGCAAGAGGCGUCCAGUUUGCGCGACGCGGAGAGGGCGUUUCUCAUGCGGAAUAGGCAUCAGGAUGUUCUUUAAAAUUCUGUGAAGAUGCUAUGUGAUGCAUUACAGGGAUCAUGGGUCAGGCAAAAUAUGCAUGGCAAUCUUCCAGACCCAGAUGACAUACUUGCCAUGCAUAAGAAGUAUGCUUCCUACACCCGGGAAGAUCGCGGCGUCGCUUCGCAGUUAUCACAGCGGAGAUUCGGUGCAUAAAGUAGUCACGACAGGAGGGAAUACGACGUCUACCAGUGACCAGUACGUGCUGCGAGAAAUCGCGGGAACCCAGGACCACGCGGGUAGUCAUCCGACGGGAACUAUCUGGCCGAAAACCUACACGUAUGAGGACGGUGAGGCGGUGCUUUCCAGCAGCAGUGGCGUGGCGAACUAUCAUGCGGUCGCUGUGCCACUGUAUCAAAAAGAAGAUGACAAUACUUUGUUCUUGCGAAAAAAUAACGAGGAGAUCGAGGAAAGAAGGCGGCGCUUGGUGGGGUUGUGAUGAACCAGAUGAAUUCAGAUAUGAUGAAAAACAAAAAAGAAUAAAUUCACUUGUGCAUCAGCCAAACUUUUUUUGCACGUCAGCUGCACCAUCCCCAUUGAUGUCCUCGCGCGGACUUGUUUGUAAAUUACAAAGCAUGAUGUGG